CUCCCUAAAAACAUGAAACUGAAGCUCAUUGAACCACUCAAGCUUCUAUCCAAAGACGAGAUUUGUGAGCUAGGAAGAAUCUUGAAUGUUCCCGUGGGAUUCUUGAAGCGUCACCCAUUCCCAUGUCCAGGACUGGCUGUUAAAGUCUUGGGCAAUCUAACUCAAGGAAAUGCACUUGAGUCAUAUAUCCUCAGGUUGAUGAGAGCUUUUGCAGUGUUCUUGCCUGUAAGAUCAGUUGAAGUCCAAGGAGACAGGAGAACACAUUCUCAUGUUGUUGCUCUUCGGGCAGUUACAAGCCAAGACAGAAUGACUGCAGAUUGGUUCAAUUUUGAGCACAAGCCUCGGAAAAUCUGUAACAGCCUCCUUCAACGAUCGAAUGGGAAUAAAAUAAUCAGAUCAAUUUGGAAAUUUUGGUGUAUGGAUGUCUGCAAUUCUUCGACCAUGUAAAAAAAGAUUGUUAUUCAUCAUCAACCAUCUAACACGGAUGGUGAUAAUACAUACUUUCUAUAACAAGCAGUCUCUGGUUUUCUGAUAAAACAAUUAUUGAUCUAA